CCUCACUAGGGAUUCUCAUGAUUGAAACAAAGCAACUCAAAAGCCAAGCUUCUUCCAAAGGCACACUGAAAUGGAACACAGGGAGGAAAUGUCAAAGGUCAGGAAAGGAGAGUCCGAGAUGGACCCCAGGGCAAAACUGAGCCCCACAGAAGGUGAACCGGCGCCCUCUCAAGACGUGCAGUUGGAUGAGCAGCUCAUUCGCAGGAAAGUUCAAAGUCUGUGUUCUGUUCGCUACGGAAUUGCCUUCAGUGUGCACAUUUGCAACUUCAUAUUGAUGGCACAAAACGUUAUCAUGAACAUCACGAUGGUAGCCAUGGUCAACAGCACGGACCAUCAAGCUCAGGUCAACGUCUCCACCGAGGGGCUGCCUGCGCACGCACUUGGUGGACCCAAUCAAGCUCCGAAGAGUCUUCCUGCAGAGGUCCCUGUGUAUGACUGGGACCCUCAAACCCAGGGCAUUAUCUUUGCUUCUGUCAACUAUGGUACCUUAUUGACUCUGACUGCCAGUGGUUACUUGGCUGGAAAAGUGGGAACAAAGAAAGUGGUUGCCGUUGCUUUGUUUGGAUCUUCACUUUUCACUCUGUGUACCCCUCUGGCAGCUGACCUUGGCCUUGUUUAUCUCAUUGUGAUUCGAAUAGCCCAGGGCGUAUGCCAGGGAGCAGGAUUGGGGGGUCAGUUUGCACUGUGGGAAAAAUGGAGUCCCCCACAUGAACGAAGCCGACUGUGCAGCAUAGCUUUAUCAGGAUUCGCACUGGGACCCUCCAUUGUCAUCCUCCUGAGUGGCUUCAUUUGUCUAGUCCUUGGGUGGCCCUUUGCCUUUUAUAUCUUUGGUGCUAUUGGCUGUAUCUGCUUCCUUCUGUGGAUUGGUCUGGUUUUUGAUGAUCCCAUUUCUCACCCAUGGAUAAGCAUCUCAGAGAAGGAAUACAUCAUAUCCUCUUUGGCCCAAGAGGUCACCUCUUCCAGGCAGCCUCUACCCAUCAAAGCUAUGAUUAGCUCGCUACCUCUGUGGUCCAUGAUUUUUUGCUGUUUCGGCCAUCAGUGGUUAGUUAUUGUCUUGGUCAUAUACACACCAACUUACAUCAGCUCUGUGUUCAAUAUUAACAUCAGGGAUAAUGGGAUCCUGUCCGCCCUGCCUUUUCUUUUUGCCUGGGUCUGUAGUAUUCUAGCAGGCCUACUAGCAGAUUUCCUUCUGACCAAGAAUUUCAGAAUCGUUACAGUGCGGAAAAUGGCCACGCUUGUAGGCAAUCUCCCCCCGUCAGCAUUCAUCGUUGCCCUGCCUUACCUCAGUUCCAGCUACAUUACAACGAUAACUCUUCUGAUCCUCGCUUGCGGGCUAAGCACGUUUUCUCAGUCAGGAAUUCAUAUCAAUGCCUUAGAUAUUGCUCCAAGACAUUCCAGUUUUCUCAUGGGAGCCUCCCGGGGAUUUGCACACAUAGCAGCUAUCCUGGCACCCACUGUCAGUGGGUUUCUUCUCAAUCAGGACCCUGAAUUUGCCUGGAGGAAUGUCUUCUUGUUGUUGUUUGCCAUUAACACGCUGUGCUUGAUCUUCUAUCUCUUAUUUGGAAAAGCAGAUGUUCAGGACUGGGCUAAAGAAAAGAAACUCACUCGUUUAUGAAGUUACUCUACGUUGGAUGGAAAACUCAUUAGGCACCUUCUUUCAUGGAUGGGAAGGCUUCCGUAUGAAAAUACCCAGGGGAAGAAUUUUGUUUGCUGUGUUUCUUUUCAAAUACAAGAUCAGCUCUCUCUUUAAUUUGGAUUUUCUUUGAGAAAAAAAAUUAGCUGAAUUAAAAUUCAAAUAAAAUGAUACUAAAAUCACA